UCUACGUGUAGUUAAGUCUCGUAUAUUUAAAACGUAGUAAGAGAUAAUCUUUCCUCGUAUGAAGUUGACUUCCAGUGGGUAUAAACGUUGCAGAGUGAUGGACGUUGCUACUGUUAAAAAUUGAAACCAGAUUUUUUUUUUUUAAAGUGACAAAACCAUGGCAGUAAAUGGCCCACAUCUACUGGAUGGACGGGUGACUCAUAUUGUUGAUCCAAGUAACUUUUUUCUGCGCCUUGGGCAAGAUGAACAUUUGAAAAGCUUUAAUGAGUUUGAAAAAGACCUCAUCAGUUAUUGUCAGCAUGCACCUGUAGGACAGGCAGAAAAUAUAGAUGUGGGAGGUAGUGUUAUUGCAAAAUCAUGUAAAAAAACUCGCAGAGGUGAAAACCAGUGGAGGAGAGCAACAGUACUUCGAGUUGACAGGGACAACAACAAGUAUGAUGUCUAUUAUGUGGAUUACGGAAAUUCAGAAAAUGUGGCUGCUAGGAAUAUCAUCUCAGCAUUACCACUGAACAUACUUCAUUUUCCAUGUAUCUGUGUGCCAUGUAGCCUAGCUGGUAUUAAGCCUCUUGCAGAUUCCUGGACUUUCAGAGGUACAAAGAUUUUUGAACAACUGGUGAAAGGAAAAAAGUUUAAAGUGAUUAUUCUUCCUUACAAUCAAGAUAGGAUGCAUCGGACGGUGGCCAUGUAUUACAGAAAUAACCAGCGAUCAAUAGUUCAUGAGCUGUUGGAAGCAGAGGUUGGAAAGCCAACUGGGGAAGAUGUGAAAGCUCACCUUAAUGAUAUACCCUCAGAUUAUUUUACCAGGGACACGGGAGCAGGUAACCAGACCACCGUGGGUUUUGAAACACUUUCAGCACCUGGCAUGCUGCUUGUGGAUUCGCAUUCCCAUGCAGAGUCAUUUGCCGCGAACAUGUUGGGCUGUCAUAUCGAUCAUAAUUUGCAACUGACAGAAAUAUAUCAUGCUCAGAAUUAUGAGAGUGAAACUGUUAGUCUUUCCCCACAUAACACAAGUCAGCUAGGAGAGUUGACCAUACCAGCUUAUGAGAAUGUUCUUCAACACCCUGCUGGUGUGGUUAAAAAUAGUGUUUUUGAGGCAGAUUUGAGCAAGGAAGUGAAGGAUAAAGAUAAUGAUGUACUUCAUUUUGAGGCAGACAUAGGAGAAGACUUUGACAGUGUUAAGGGCAGAGUGACAUGCUGUAGCAAACCGGAUAGCGUAGAGAGUCCAGCAUUCACAGAACAAAGUGAAUACAGUUUAGUAUCUGCACAACUGGAGAACACUGGAAACAGUGCAUGUUUAGCAGAUUCUCCUGUAUCCCCUGAAGAUGUCAUAGUGCCAAGUUUCAACCUGUCUGCUUUGAAACAAGGGGCAAUGUCAGUAGAAGAGAUGCAGGAAAAGCAAGAUGCUGCAGACAUGGCUUGGCGGAAAGCCCAACUGCAGCGUGACCUUGAUGCUUGUCACUCUCACCUUGAAGAGGAGAGUGCUUGUGUUGUUGAUGUGUCUUCACACAUGCAGAAAGAAAGCCUCAGCAGCACUGAUAUAUAUGACAGAAUAUCACAAGAGAUUCAUUCUGUUCAUAACUCAAGUGCUACCAUUAGCAAUGUAUGUGCUCCAGUAUACGAGGACCAGCAAACUGAGGGUGACCAUGAAGAAAAGGGAGUUUUACAAGACAUAGCAUCAGAGGAUGAUGUCUGCAAGGACAAGAGCAUUAAUAAAGCAGAGGAAUGUAAACCAGACUCUCCAUUGCCACAGAUUCAGAAACUGGAUGUGGCAGGGGAGAAGUACAUUCUUUCUGAAGAAGAGGAGUACCAGCUGCAAAAGGAGUAUCGAAUGAUUCUGCACGAGAUCAAGCAUGGAGAGGAUUUUGAAGUUGUACGUGCCAAAUUGUACAGUCUAGUGCCCAUAGAAGGUGAACCAGAUAAUGAUCAUGUAUGUGCUCUUGUGGAAGUGCUGGUGGAGGAAGCUGUGAAGAAUAGGGAACUCACGGACAUCGCCGUGGAAAUUCUGACGAGUUAUACCAAUGUUCUUAAUGGACCCAAUCUACUUAAAAUCCUCAGACACAGUGCAGAGAAAUAUGUGAAGUUACAAUUAACAAAGAGCGUGGAGUACCAUGUCCAGUUUGCCAGUCUUCUUGCUAAGAUAGUCACAGCUUCUUGCUGCUGGCCAUCCUCGCUGAGAAAUGAGGUGUUGGACUUUGCUAAACAGUGCCUUGAGAAAUGGAUCAUUUUUAACGGAAAGGGUACUCAGACAGGUGCAAUACCCAAGCAACUGGAGGCCAUGUACGUGGCAUGUGCAGAGUCUUUCCUGCCUCAGACAUUUUAUAAACUGCAGGAGGAUGAAGAAUAUAUGAAUUUUAUAUUACAUGAAAUGCGUGGCAAGGUGCUGAAAUGUGAAGUUAACUAUGUUGUACGGUCACGUCUGCUGGAGCUGCUGCUUCAGGUGGCUGGAAGUUGUCCUUGGUCCCCAGCUUCAUCAGAGGGUCAUAGUAAUCAAGCCCCUGUCCCCGCUGUGAUACAGGAGACAGCUGUACCCGAAAUGCUAGAGAAGGCAACACAGACUGAAAUGUCUGUCUCUACUUCAUGCUCCUCCUCAGCUUCAUCAUUAAUGCAGGAACAAGCAUCACAAACUGGAGUUGCACCAGUGGUCUCCCAUGACUUUUGGUUGGACAGUUUUGUGGUAUCGCCUGUGAGCAGUUGCAGCAGUGUCAAUGACCACAAUGAUUCCAUGGCUAGUGAGGAAACAGACAGCAACAGUGGCAGAGCUAAGGAUUUAAGGUCACACAGUGAACUGGCCACUGGUGGCAAAAGGAAGAAGACUUUGACAUCCCAUGGAAGGGUUCAGAGAUGUCAAGUUCUUAUGGAACACCUGCAAGGUAAACAGAGCACUACAAGUCUCAGCAACAAUCCAUACCUGGCACCCUCUACCUCUACUUGCCUGGGAGCAUCUUUUCAUGAAAACAAUGAGCCUUCACCUGUGCUGAUGAGCAUCAGGCAGAAAACAGAAGAGAUGGUGACUCAGGACAUGCUUGUAUCAUCUGUGGAGAGAAAAAUGUUUGACUUUUGUGAUGGUCAGCUUCAUGAUAUGUUGCCAGUUUUGGUGGAAAACACAAAUUUGCAGGUUGACAAAAAGGAUCUCCCCCAUGAACAAAUUCUGAUGCUUUCACCCUCAAACAAGAAAUGCAGCACUGUAUUACAGCAGCCUUCUGCACAAGCUUCUCCAAAUGUGGUUGCUAACAGCAGUUGCCAGUCAAAAAGUGCAUUUACUAGCACAUCCAGUCACCUUGGAUUUGCAGAUGACGAUUUCCCACUUCACCAUGCAGAUACAGCACAUCCUCUUAAGGAGUUUUUGAGAUCCGAGUCUCCAAGUCAGAAGAAAAAUUCGUUUAAGUCAAUUGUGUCUGAUAUUUUUGGAAAGGCUGCGUCUGAAAUGCAGCAACAGUCCGAUAGUGCUGUAACACCAGCAAAAAGCAGCACCAUGGGUGAGAAAGAUAUUUCAGUGGUUGAUAUGCCUUUUUCAGUGUCAUCCGAAAACAUCAGAACUGUUGAUGCUUAUCAAAAUGACUCACAGUCUGUGGCUAGCGUGAACAAACAACCUACUACAUGGAUUGUUUCUCCAAAUGAGACCAUGGAGCCAGUUGCUGGAUGCAAAGAGUUAAAUGCACAGGACAGCGUUGGAGAAAAUAAGUAUCACCUAACACCACCGGAGUACUUGCUUGGAGGGACAGGUGACAUGGGAAUGGCUGACAAGCAAGCAACACAAGGUUCACUUCAGAAAGGUGUAGGUGAUGCCUGGCUUAUGAUUAUGGCUUAUGGUUGUGAUGACACAGAUGUUAGAGACAGUGACAGUGAUGACCUCAGAGAUGAUGUUUUGGGGGAGGCUGGAAAAACUUUUGCAACAGUGCCAGAAGAGUCAAAAGAGAUGGAAAUGGAUUUCAGUUGUAAACAGACUGAUAGCACUUCUGUGCUGUCACCAUCUUGUGGCACAGACCUGCUCCCAUCAGCUGCUGAGCCUUAUCCAGGAGAAUGCCAGCCACAUCAGACACAUGAGAGAAAAAGGAGUGCAUCUUCCGAGGUUGAUGACAGAGCAGCAGUGGAAACUUCAUCUUGUGAGUUGGAUGUUUUGAUUCAACCAUUAUAUAAAAAGAAUGACCUAGCAAAAUAUUCUUCUGAUGGGAAAACUCAGCCAAAAAAGAAGAAGACCAAGUUUCGUCCACUACAUCUUUCAUCAAAGCCUUGUGAGGAAGUUCCUAGUUUGACAAAAUGGAUUCCUGGGGAAGUCAUAUGCACAAACUGUGGUGCCAAAGGUCACUUGCGUUAUGAGUGCUCAGAGCCUUGUCAGUCAAUUUUGUUGUGAACUUGUUAAGCUAGGAUUUUAUGUUGUACAGGGUGGCACACAAAAAAACAGCAGAUCUCCAGGCCAGUGUGAGCAUGUGUUUUGAACUCUUUUUUAAGAAACUUCCCCAGGAAUCCAUUUUGGUAACGCGUGUCGACAGAGUAUGAUGGAUGGCGCUGAUCUUUAUAGGCAGACUGACACGCAGGUGUGACUUGUUUAGCGAGAGUCAUGUCUACAGUGACAAUGAAUCCCUGAUGGAUAACUAAAAUCUGAUGUUGGUUUCACCCACCUUUAUGUGAUGUGGCGGACAAAUGGAGAGAAAAAUAUCGGGGAUGCAUUGUGCAUGUGUUAAAAAUUGUUCAUGUGUGCUACCUUGUUUAUUACUGAUCUGUGCUUUCUUUGGUACCGCUUUUUGAUAUUAAAAGAACAAGUGAAACUG